AUGGGGAUGAUCCUGACCCCCCAUGCUCUCUCGAGCCCAGUGCUGGGGGGCCCCCGGACCCUGCUCGCGGGGGGUAGUUACCGGGCUGCACCCCGGCCGGGCUCCCCGCCCCGGCCCCGGCCUGGAGCCUGCAGGCCCCUCCCUGCCCGCCUCCGCGGCGGCGGCGCCUGGCCGGGGGGAGCCUGGGGCCUGGCUGAGUCUCCUGCAAUGACGGACGACGCCGUGAAGCUGCUGCUGCGCCGCUUUUACACCCUGCAGGGGGAGCGGGUGGAAGCCUAUCGGCUCUUUGAGGAGGGCCACCGGGCGUAUCUGAGCAGCGGGCCGCACUACGACUUCCUCCGCUACCGGCAGCUGGUCCAUGAGAUCACACUGGCCUUCAGCGGCAUCUCCUGGGAGAUCCUGCAGCUCAAGGAGCAGCUCCAGACGGAGCAUGGGCGGCCGGAGCUCGCCCAGCACCUGUCCAGGGUCCAGCAGAAGGAGAAAGAGAAGCUAGAGCUGACGGCCCAGCUGCAGCUUGCCAGGCAGAACGCGCAGGACCAGCCCAGCGUGCCGGCCCACCAGCAGGAGGUGCAAGAGCUGAAAUACAAGCUAAUUAAAACCAUUGAGGCAAUCAGCGAAAUUCUCCAGGACCUCAAGUACGAUUCGGAAGAAGCCGAGUGAUGGGUCUCCCCAUGGGAAUGGCCGGAGGAGGCGGGAAGCACUGCAGGGGCCCAGCUGGGCGGAGCACUGGGCUGCACUGCGGGGCUCUUGCUCACGUCGGGGUCUCGCUCCAUGGCGGGAUCCUCUCCCCAGCAAACCCUGGCCCUGGCAGCCCUGCAAGAGACAUGUCCAGGGCCCUCUCUGCCAGGUGGGCAGCGGCCUUUGCAGCGGAGGAGCAGCUUGAUGCUGGGCUGUCCCAGCACAGGGGCAGGUUUGCAAAAGGGCUCCACAGCCAGCAGCUCCCAGUGGGAACAAUGGGGAACCCACUCCCGUGCUUAGUGCAAUGGAGAACCCCCCACUGAGAGCAUCAGGAGCUUUGGAGGCUGAUCCCCCUUGACAAGCUUUCCCCUAGCAUCCAGUUCAGUGCCGGGGGGUGCCCUCAAGCCCGUCGGGCAGGGUCAGCGUGCAGCCUAGACAAGGGCCCUUUGAGUACAGACAGAGCCAAACCUGCAGAGUUGGGGAGGGAUCUUCCAAGUACCAGGGUGGUUGUGGGGGGGGGGGGUGUGCUGCGCUCCUAAAUCCUCUGGGUGCUUAGGAAAGGCCCCCCCAGUGCAGCAAAGUGUUUUUACGACGGGCUGUGACCUCUUUCCAGUCAGUUUGUUUUAAGAAUGAAGCAAAGAACUGUGGCGUUAGGAAGGCAGGUAACGUUCUGUGGUGGGGUCUUGUCCUCGCUGAUCGAGGCGGCUGCACUUCUUUGUGGCUCAAUAAAAGGCAAGCGGGAGCUCA